GCAGAAAGGGGUCGUUUUCUGAACGCUUGGCCGUCCGAAGCCCCGAGAGCCCCACGCUCAGCCCCGCGGGAGCCGUGGGUGGGCUCGGCGCUGUCGGGACGGGCCGAGAAAUUGAUCGGUCGAAUCGGGGCCGGCGUCGGCUCCGGCUGGCGGCGGUGCGCGGCGGCGCGGCGGUGGCGGUGCUGCUCCGUCGGCACUGAGUGUCCUGGCAGCGGCAGCCCGGGCUCCCGCGGCCGCUCCCGGCCCUGCAGACUGUGCCCGCUCGCCUCGUCUUUACUGAAGCAGGUGACGACGCCGGAUGUUGAGAAGAAAAUCGAGGAAUACAAGCGGGAAAACGCGGGCAUGUUCAGCUGGGAGAUCCGGGACAAGCUGCUGAAGGACGGGGUGUGUGACCGCAACACGGUGCCGUCAGUGAGCUCCAUCAGUCGUAUCCUGCGGAGCAAGUUUGGGAAAGGUGAGGAAGAGGAAGCUGAGCUGGAAAGGAAGGAGGUGGAGGAAGGCGACAAGAAGGCCAAGCACAGCAUUGACGGCAUCCUCAGCGAAAGAG